AUGAAUGGCAACAGCGAGAUUGAAUCAAGUCUCGAUAUUGUGGAUCUGUAUGAUAAUCCCCGGUUUGUCGCUCUCUACUAUACAUGGGGCCCUCCUACGGCUGAAGCGGGCAUUCGAGGGGUCACAGACGUUCCGUCCCAUCCCAUCAGAUGCAAUGGACGUGUUAUCCUGGUCACCCAGAAUUUACACGACUUUCUGCAGAGGGUAGCGCGCAGCGUAGAGCUCAAUUCGCAGAAUUUCUGGAUCGAUGCUGUCUGUAUCAAUCAGCAAGACCUGGCGGAGAGGGCGAGCCAAGUCAAGUUCAUGGCAACGAUAUACCGCUCAGCCGACAUGGUGCUUGCUUGGUUAGGCGAGGAGGACGUUCAUACCGAAAAAUCGUUCACUUUGAUCAAAGGCCUGGGGGGUCUUUGUCACGAUUACUACUCGCUAGAUGUCCCCAAAAUGAAAAAGACGGAAAACUUUGCGGCUGUCCUAAGCUCCCUUGCCGACGAGCAGGUGCGAGACUCGUUCAGACAUUUCUGGAGACGCGUCUAUUUUAAGCGCGCGUGGAUCAUCCAGGAGCUCGCACUUGCUAAGAAAGUUGUGGCGUAUUGUGGUGGAUAUUCUGUCGAGUGGAUGGAUAUUGUUGGUGUGUCGGCUUUUUUGACGCUGACGUCUUGGGGACACUUCCUGAACAUGGGUUCGUCGAAAGAGGGCUGGGCCUUCCUAUAUACCCUCACCAGGGGACGGGAAUUUCAAUCCUCAGAUCCUAGAGACAAGGUAUAUGCCCUCCUUGGCCUCCAGGAACAUUACACAAAGGAUAAACCGCGCCUGCGACCUACGUACGGGGAGUUUUCUGUUGUCGCCACAUUCACGAAAGCGGCAAUUCAAAUAUUGGAAGAUACAGAUGAUCUACUGCUUCUGGGUCAUGGCGAGGGAAAGGACUUUCAAAGGGUGAAAGGCCUCCCAUCCUGGGUCCCGGACUGGUCCUGCACAAAGAUAUUGGGCCUUGGGAUGAUUGGAUACAAACGGUUCGCAGCUGCAGGAAACCUACCCAGAAGUCUGGGAAUUGACGAACCCAACACGGCCUUGAUUCUGCGCGGGUUCUGCCUUGAUCUUGCCCGGCAUUUUUUUCCCAAAUGGAUGGCGAUUCUAUCAACUCUUCCCGACAUCUAUCACACAAAACAAUCCAAGUUUGAGGUGUUCUGGAGAACACUCAUCACGGACACAGCUGGCCGAGCUCCUCAACGCGGAACAUAUCCGGCUGCACAGGAAUUCAAGGCUGCAUUCCAUCAUUGGGUGAUUGGAAUUAUACGGCAGUGGGAAGGCCAGCCUCCAUCGGUAGAGAGAGAUUCCUUUUUGCAAGGACUAUACCAGCUUGCUUCGCCGCACGAAACAGAAUCAGCAGGCUAUCUUCCGCUCAAAAACAGCGAAAAUUCGACUCAACCAGUGAACGGCGACCUUCUAGAAGCCGCCGAGUACAGUGCUUUACUACGCUAUUCAUCGCAAACAAGGCUUCUACGAACCAGCGCAGGCUAUCUCGGCCUUGCGACAACAUCCGUACGGGAAGGAGACUCGGUAUGGAUUGUAUCUGGUUCGCGCGUGCCCCUCAUUCUGAGAGAAACGGGCAAGAAAAGCCAAUAUCAGCUCGUUGGAGGAGCGUAUAUUCACGGUUUUAUGCAGGGUGAAGCUUUGAUGGCUGGUCAUAUCUUUGAGGAGUUCAAGGUUGUUUAGGAAACGGCAUUAUAUAGGCACGAUUUGUUGCCUUGUCUCCUGGUCAAGCUUCUGCAGAACCUUUGAGCAGCUCACGCCAAUCCCUCGGAUGGAAUCUCAAUCAAAAUACAUUCGUGCUACAAAAUUGUGCCUGGUCACAUAAUUAUGCAUUAUGUGUAUAUUGAUGGUCGAUUCCGGUUGACAGAAUUCUAGGUACCCUUGGAGAUGAGUAUCCAGAGGCGGAAGCCUGCACUUACUCGCACUGAGAAAUUGGGAAAGGUGCUGGGCCAGAGCAGUGAAGCCUUGACUCAAGGGUAUCUAGAACGGCAUCCAUCCCAUCAGAUUCAGAUAGAGCGCCAAACAGUAGGGCAAGGUUAAUAUUAAAUUUUGAGGGCUUGAUAAUCCAACCCAAUUAUUGAUU